AACACCAAGAAUAGUUCCUUAAAUACCAGCUACGUGAGAUCAAUUCAGGCCACAGCCAACAUGGCUAAUAACUAGUUAAAUGGCUUAUCAUUGAAGGUGAAAUGUAAUAUAUAGUAUAUCUGGAAUUAUAUACAAACUGUAAAUAAGAGGUUUCAUUUAGUUUUUGAUAAGCAGGUGUGUAAAUUGUGUGCUGGAACCAUUUAAGAGCAAGUAAAACAAGAUGUCACGAUUGCAACAAUUUGGAUUACUUUUACACAAGAACUGGAUACUACAAAAACGUAAAGUGUGUGUAACUGUUUUUGAAAUUUUAAUGCCGGUAGCUUUUGGGCUAUUACUGUUGGUUAUUCGAAAUCUUAUAGAGACAAACGAUUACCCGAAUGGGAAAAUAUGGAGCGCCUUCAAGCCUUCGCAAGCAGUAUCAAACCUCACGAAGACAGAAAUUCUAUACGCUCCAAACGAUGCAGCACUUGGUACAAUAAUGACUGCAGUCAAGAGCGACAUGGACACAGAUUUUCCAGGAUUUUUAACUGCAGUUACUGGGUUUGCGUCUAACAGUGAUGUAGAAACCUAUCAUACCAAUAACCCAAGUAAAGUGUUAGCUGCUGUAGUGUUUGAUGAAUCAGUUAACUACACGUCGACUACUCUACCACAAAAUGUGCAGUAUUCUCUGAGGGUGUCGCUUCUUGAUGGAGAUACAAGAUGGAGAACUGACCGCACAUUCCCGUUCGUAUUGACAACAGCUCCGAGAAACAACGACGCGACUGGCGGAGAACCGGAGUAUGGAAAAACAGGAUUUCUAUACAUCCAGUAUUUGGUUAACAAAAAUAUCAUGGAAAAUGGCGGUUAUGCUUUGGUUAAUAACCCUCUUCUCGGAACAACAAAUGAAGUUUACCUCCGAAAAAUGGCUUUUCCGCCCUAUUUAGAAGAUAACAUGCUGACAACUGUACAGACGACAUUACCAUUGUUUUUUGUUCUUGGAUUUAUACUCUAUGUUAUUAUGUUGGCGAAGAAUCUGGUUUAUGAAAAAGAAAUGAAACUAAAGGAAUCUAUGAAACUGAUGGGAAUGCACGUGUCGAUGUACUGGUUGUCAUGGUUUAUAUUUUCAUUGAUAUACAUGCUCCUAGCCUGCAUCUUCUUCACGAUCUUUUUCUCCAUUAAACUGAAAGGGGUUGCAGUUUUCACAAAUUCCCAGCCGUCCAUAGUAUUUGUGUUUUUAUUGAGUUACGGGUUAUCGCUGAUAGCAUUUUCUUUCAUGGUCAGCACAUUUUUCCAGAGAGCAAGUGUAGCAGCACCAGCUGCGGGAAUUAUAUUCUUCUUGGUAUAUUUCCCGUACUUUUUCCUGAACCAGGACGAAACGUUUGCCAGUAUGACCAGUAUGCAAAAGGGACUAGCAUGUGGCCUUAACAAUGUUGGAAUGGCAAUAGGUGUAAAAUUAAUUGCUCAGUAUGAAGGAACAGGUGCAGGUUUGCAGUGGAAUAACUUUGUUAAUCCUCCUACUGUUGAUCAAAACUUUUCCAUGCUGGCAGUUAUACUUAUUUUACUUCUUGACACAUUAGUAUAUAUGCUGAUUGCUUGGUACGUUGAUGCCAUUUGCCCAGGAGAUUUUGGAGUGCCACAGCCGCUUUAUUUCCCAUUCACGAAAACUUACUGGUGUGGUCAUAAUCAUCCAGAAGAUUUCGACGAUCUCCGUACAUCACACACAGCUAAUCCAGACUUAUUUGAAAGAGAACCAAGUGGUCUAAAAGUAGGAAUCAGCAUUGAAAAUCUCCGAAAGGUUUAUGGAAAGGGAAAGAAAAGAAAGGUUGCUGUAGAAAAUACCACUCUCAACGUCUUUGAAGGUCAGAUAACAGUACUUCUAGGUCAUAACGGUGCAGGAAAAACAACAACUAUGUCUAUGUUAACUGGCUUUAUACCACCAACAAGAGGAACAGCUAAAAUAAAUUCCUAUGAUAUAAGAAAGGACAUAACGAAUGUUAGACGUAGCCUGGGGUUGUGCCCGCAACACAACAUACUUUUUGAUACGCUCACAGUUAAAGAGCAUCUUAUAUUUUACGCAAAGAUGAAAGGCUGUCCAAGUGAUCAAAUUUCAAAGGAAGUGGAAGAAAUGGUAAAAAUAAUUGGUCUGGAACAGAAGUUAAACAGAUAUUCAAUGACAUUAUCUGGUGGGCAGAAACGAAAGUUAUCUGUUGGAAUCGCAUUGAUAGCAGGCUCAAAGUUUGUAAUGCUUGACGAACCUACGUCUGGUAUGGAUCCAGCAGCUAGGCGACAAACUUGGGAUGUCCUUCAAAAGUUUAGAAAAGAUAGAACAUUGGUUCUCACAACACAUUUUAUGGAUGAAGCUGAUCUUCUUGGAGACAGGAUCGCUAUAAUGGCAGAUGGUGUAGUGAAGUGUUGUGGAACUUCACAUUUUCUAAAGAAGAAAUAUGGUGCAGGAUACCACCUUGUGAUGGUAAAGAAUCAGUCUUGUAACGUUAGUACAGUCACACAACUUAUUCAAUCUCACAUACGUACUGCAACACUAGAAAGUGAUAUUAGUGCAGAACUAUCAUACUUGCUUCCAUUUGAUGAGUCGAGCAAAUUUGAGAACCUGUUUAAGGAUGUAGAGGCAAAGAAAAGUCAGCUUGGGUUGACUAGUUUUGGAACAACUGCUACUACUAUGGAAGAAGUCUUUCUUAAGGUUGGUGCAUCUGCUACUGAUGACGACGAGAAGGAUCAAAACGGUGAAGCAAAUGUGCUUUAUCAAAAUCAAGCUUUUGUGCAUGAUGAAAAAAGACCAAUGAGUGAUAGUGCAAUUGUUGAUACAAAGAAUGUUCCACCACUCGCAAAUAAAAUGAAUGGCGAUUCAAUAGAGAAACGGUCAAGUUUUAAUGAAACGCCACCAUUACCCAAUAUAAAUGGACAGUCUAAAUCCAACAAUUUAAUGCAGAAUGGAACGUAUAACGCAUUUAAUGAGAAUGUCAAGAAAAAUGCUGGACUUGCCUUGACAAUGCAGCAGUUUUAUGGAAUGUUUGUAAAGAAAAUGAUUCAGACAUGGAGAAAUCGUGUGGUAACCUUAGUGCAACUGAUAAUGCCGGUUCUUUUCACUAUCUUUGGAUUGCUCGUCGUGGAGUCGUCGCCGGGUAAUACCGCGGAUCCUGCAUUAGCUUUGGAGUUGUCGUCUUUUGGUUCUGGUUUAACAGCUAUUUGGGAUGAUGGCAAUGCAACCACAGGUGCUGAAUUCGACAUUGCCAAUCAAUAUUCAAAUGCUAUUACUAGCAGCGGUAAUGCCGCUUUAGAUGCCGCCGCUGCAUCCAAUAUCAGUACAUACCUCAUGAAUAAAGCUGAUAGCGUGGGAAUAUCAACAUUCAACACAAAAUAUAUGAUAGGCGCUUAUCUUGCAACUAGUAACAGUUGGAUAGCCUAUUUUAAUGGCGAGCCAUUCCACACACCUGCAAUUUCUUUAGCAUAUUUGAUGGAUGCAAUUUUUAAAUACGCUAUGAACAGUGAUUUAUAUUCUAUCAAAACAACAAACUCGCCCUUUAAACUUACAGUAGACGAGAAUGAACGAGCUAACUUCUUUACAUAUAUUGGAACAGCCUUUUCGCUUGCUUUUCAGAUUAUGUUCGGAAUGGCGUUUUUGACAGCCACUUUUAUCAUUUUCCUGAUCAAAGAACGGUCAUCUGGAGCAAAGCAUAUCCAGAAAGUGAGCGGAGUUAGUUCUAUUGCUUUCUGGGCAUCAAAUUUUCUAUGGGAUUUGAUCAAUUAUCUUAUUCCAGUUUUGCUGAUAUUGAUUGUUUUUGCAGCAUUUCAAACAGAGGCUUUUGUGGAUGACAAUCGCUUAGGGAUAGUUUUCCUUAUAUUUGUAUUCUAUGCCUGGAGUUUUCUCCCAUUAACGUAUGCGGUCAGCUUUUUUUUCUCAUCAGCUCCAUCUGGAAUGGUUGCUAUGACUAUGCUGAAUAUCAUUAUUGGUCUUGCUACACUGAUUGCAGUAUUUGUCCUCAAAAUACCCGGAUUUAAUACAUACUCUAUUGGUAGCGCGUUAGACCUUGCAUUCGCCAUAUUGUUUCCAAACUACUGCAUGGGAACUUCGUUAAUGAGCAUGUAUGUCAACUGGGGGUAUACCAAAGCAUGUUCCGAAAGUGGAUAUCCAGCGUCCUGCCAGUCAAGCUGUGAUUCGAAUGGCGGUGAUAUAUGCUUCCCAAACUCUUCUAACUAUCUCGACACUGCCUAUCCAGGAGUUGGUCUUUACAUAUUGUUCCUAGUUGCACAAGGAGUUGUUUACUUUGCUAUUCUGUUUAUGAUUGAAAAUGAUGUGUUCAAUAAAUGCAGAUACAAAGUCAACAAUGGAAAUAGUACAUCGGUCUCGGAUUUUCCAUCGGACGAAGCCUCCAUUGAUGGAAAACAAGAGGAUAAUGAUGUCGCCGAGGAAAAACAUAGAAUAAAUUCUAAUUCUGUCACUCAUUUAAUGGAAACAGAUUCCGUUAUUGUUAAGAACCUUACAAAAUAUUAUGGUAGGUUUCAUGCAGUAGAAUGUAUCAGUUUUGGAAUUGCACCUAACGAAUGUUUUGGAUUGUUGGGACAAAAUGGCGCUGGAAAAACCACUACAUUCAAAAUGUUGACCGGGGAUGUUCCUCUUACGAAGGGUAAUGCCUUCAUGAAUAAAUAUGACAUAAAACAACAUAUGAGACAAGUUCAACAAAAUCUUGGUUAUUGUCCUCAGUUUGAUGCCCUAAUUGAUCAGAUGACUGGAAGGGAAACUUUGUAUAUGUAUGCUCGGCUGCGUGGCGUGCAAGAGAACCAAAUCAAAGGUGUGGUUAAUGAUAUAAUGGACGUGAUGAUGUUGAAGAAGUACGCAGAUCGGGAGUGUGGCACGUACAGCGGUGGUAACAAGAGGAAAUUAAGUACAGCUAUGGCCUUAAUUGGGGACCCUCCUUUUAUUCUACUCGACGAACCAACGUCUGGAAUGGAUCCUGGUGCCAGACGACAACUAUGGAAUGUUCUUUCACAAGUUAGAGCCAGUGGGAGAACGUUAAUUCUUACGUCACAUAGUAUGGAAGAGUGUGAUGCCUUAUGUACUAAAGUAGUCAUCAUGGUUAAUGGAAAAUUUGUUUGUUAUGGAAGUCCACAACAUUUAAAAAACAAGUUUGGUCAUGGAUACACACUUAUUUGUCAAAUGAAAAUGGAGGAAAGUGGAUUCCAUGCUUCUACACAACCACUGAAACAGUUUGUUAAAACAACGUUUCCCAACAGUGAAAUAUUUGAUCAUCACCAUGGCUACUGUCAUUUCCAAAUUCCGGAUGCAGAUAUUCCAUUGGCUGCGGUAUUUAGUGCUAUGGAACGUGCAAAGAAAGACUAUAAUAUUGAAGACUAUGCUGUUCAUCAGACGACACUUGAACAGGUGUUUUUGACAUUUACACAGAAUCAGAUUCCACCAAAAGAAGAGAAAAAGAAAGGUUGUUGUUCAAGUAAUGGUGACAGUAGCCCUGCAUGUUGUUGUUGUUUAUAAAAAUUGUUUUUCAGUAUAUGUAAAAUCAACAACUUUCUUAAAUAUUUAGAUUCCGGAUCGCAUAAUUUAUGAACGUCUAUAUUCAAAGACAAAGAAAGCCAUAUCAUGUUUUAUUGCAUGGCUAGAUAUUAAAUGCAACCAAGUACCACUUCUGUCGUAAACAUUUUCUUGCACUAUGUUAUGAAUGUUCUUAUAAAACUAAGCUACCAGAGAGAAAAAAGUGCCAAGCAAUGACAUUCCAACGUAUGAUCUAGAGAAAUAUUACUUCAUAUUUGUAAUACAAGGUCUUAAAUAUUACAAAUUUCAUUCUGUUCCCCGUUUGCAUUAAUCAUGUUAAUAUACAUCUAUUUUUUGUCCAAUCGACGAAGUUACAAAGUCGAUCAUGGUUGAUUGACAUUGUAAGUUGCAUAGUUUACAUGUUCAAGUUUUAAAAUUUUAUUUCAACAUUUGAAUUAUGCUAUCAAAACUACAUACAGGCAAGACAUGUAUCUGUAUCAACAAUUUAUUCAAAUUAUAAGGAAGUUUGGUAUCUUAGCACGCCCUGUUUUAGAUCAGGGGUGUGAAGUAUUCUUAGCACCCUUUUAGAAUGUAGAGAGGAAGAAUUAUACUCGGUUAUAUGACGAUUUCUUGUAUUUAAUAUAAAAAAACAUGCUUUUUGUCAAGCCUAUGGCAAAUGCUUCUUUUUGAUAAGUUAAGUUAACAACUAACUGUCCAGUUUUUGGAUUUGUCAUAAAAGAACAUAUCACUAAUGUAGAUAUCCUGUUGAAUUUACAUCAAAUUAUUUCUGUUCCAAAGUUAUAUAUGUAGAGUAUUUAUGUAAUAAGUGCUAUUCCAUGAGUCAAUAUUUUGUUACCGAUGUGAUGUCAACCCCCUUAAUUAUUCUUCUUGAAUAACUUGAGAUUGCCUAUCGUACUAUGUUUUCUCAUUUACUUGAAAGAAGUCGAAACGUUCCUAUGUUAGUUUAUUGAUUUCAGUUGUUGGUUGAUUAAAAUAUGAUGUAUGUUAAAAUCAUCCAUGCAAAAAGUUUUAAAUGUGUAGGAAAUUAGAUACGCAUGAAAGGUUAUUUCCAAAGUCGAUAGUGUCCGAUGAUUUCAAUGGCUAAGCCUCAAGUAGACUGUGAUAAUGUAUAUUUUUGCAAUUUAUUUAAAAUGACAUGGUAUUGUUUUUAUUAUCUUAUAAAUGUUACAUGUUGUAAUUUGCUGUAAAUCUUAUUUACAAUGAAAAGAUGACAUAAGAUGCUAAUCGAAAAAAACAGACAAUAUCAUAACCAAACAAUAAUAUGAUGAAAAUACAAAUAGUAGUCAAGAAACACUACACUAAAACCCAAAGACUGAGCAGCACGAAACUCACCUAAAAGAGGGAUAAUCUCAGUUGCUCGUGACAAGUAAAAAUUCGGUGACAAGUUGCAUUAGAUGAUGUCAGAAUCAAUGAAAAAAUAACUUAUUUCAAAAAGUACAAAGAAAACACACUCAUACAAGCAGAUGAUUAGAAGGAAAAAUUGAAGUGAUAAUCAAAAUUUAAUUGUAUAGUAAGCAUAUGUGAUUUUUCAUACUUAAAAUACACAUUUGAAGUAGACGUUAAUCCGGUAUUAGCCUUAAGGUUUUACAGUAACACUUAGGAAAAUUCCUGUUUAAUAUGAAAUUUACUUGUUUAGUUUCAAAGGGAUACGUGCAUACGUUCAUUCAAAUUUUGACUCCAUGUCACAGACAUAAAAACUACAUACACCCUGUGUAUACUCAAAUGACCUACAGCACUUGUGUCGUAAGUAAGUCAUGUACUUAAAUAGUACAGAAUAGUACAAGUCAAUUAUAUUUUUAUUUAAUUUAAGAUGAUUGCCUCAUGUAUUUUUUUUUUUUUAUUAAAUGAAUCUCAUAUCAGGACGCAUAAUAUCAUGACUUUGCAAUCCAAGUUUUAUUCAUUUCGGAUAUAUUUACAUAUUUGCUUUUAUGUGUAUUUUGUUUACAUUUUGUACAAAUCCUUUUUAACAAACCAGGUUGAUGAGGUAUGUUUUUUUUCAUCAAAUCAACAAUUUAGUACAAAUGAAGUACAGUACUAAGCGACUGAAAUUUCAUGGUUUAAAAUAAUUGAAAAAGAGUUGAUUUGAUUAUCUAGUAAUUUCUUUUAAAAGAUGAAGAAAAUGUCUAAGUGGAUACGAUUUAUACAACAAGUAACACUUUAUUUUUUCAAAAAAUUAAAAAUUAAAGUAACUUUUUUUUUAUGUAAAAAUACUAUAUUGAAAUAUAUUUACAUAUAUUUACGUUGAUUUUAACUAAUGAAAAAUGAGAACAUUUCUAUAAAUAUUGGGAUACGGAUACAUGUAAAUAAUAAAUGAUCAAUUUGCAUAUCAAGGAUGAUUUUGUUUUCCGUUUAUAACAACUGUUUUUUCUUCAAUAUUUUUUACCAUUAUAGAAAAUCAAUGACAAAACAACACUGUCAGCCUAUUUCAAGAUUUUUUUAUUUUUAUUUAAUACUAUAUUAUGUUUACCUUAAAUUUUACCCCAGUUAUCAUUAACUGCAUCAUCAAUUAACUAAUGAUAUCAGACAUAGACAAUCAUUUAAUUAUACAUGAAGUUAUGUAUGAUAAGUAUCCAGUAAGUCGCACUAAGUUUUUUUUUAUCUUGUUUAAAUGUCACUGAGAACACUAUUGUGGGAAAAAUAUUUUCUUUGUUCAUCAACAAUUGUUUAUUAGAAAAUAAAAGAUAAGAAUUUUUUUUAUAUACGUUUGUAGAUUUUUGGGAACGUAAUAAAAAAGAUUUUAAGUUUUUUAAUUUUUGCACAAAAGUUUUGCCUCUUUUUGUCCGUUCCACUGUAUGUAUUUUUAGAUAUUUGCAUCGUAUUAUAAUAGUUCAGUGGCCCCAUUUAAUGGUUUGAUAUUUUCAAGAUUACUAUAACAAUCUGAACUUAAACACCGGUAAAUGAACACUUGUGUAACAAUAUCUCAUUCAUGUUCUCUUAGAUCUGUAUUGUUAUGUUUUGUGUAUUGUAAUAACAUGAUUGUUUUAAUAAAAGUUGUAAUACCAUUA